AUGUCACAUACAGCCCUAAAUAAACAUGACUCCUUCCAGUUGUCUCCACAAGAGGGUUCAGUCCAAUUGCUCUUUGCCAAUGAACCCUUUCUUCGGUAUCUCGGUGCAAGCCUACCGAUCGACUUGACUGUUGAAUUUCAACAUUUCAAAGCCAAAUUUAAUAAAACCUUCGGCACAGAAGAUGAGUAUCGUUAUUCCACGUUCUGUGAAAAUUACUUUAAAGCCCUGCUUCUGCAGUACUACGAUCAGGGAACAGCUGAAUACGGGGUUACCGAGUUUUUCCACUAUACACAGUCCGAAUUUGCGAGAAUUUAUCUCAACCAGCCCGUCAAUCUGUCAAACCGACCAGCUGACAAAAUAGUCACCUAUCCAAGUAAAGAUAUUCCGGAGAGUUGUGACUGGCGCGAGAAAGGUGCGGUCUCUGAGGUGAAAAAUCAAGGGAACUGCGGAUCUUGUUGGGCAUUUUCUGCUACAGGCAACAUCGAAGGCCAAUGGUUUCUUCGCAAAGCUGAGUUACUUUCUCUCAGUGAACAGGAGCUGGUAGACUGCGACAAACAGGACAAUGGCUGUGCCGGUGGUUUCAUGACGACAGCCUUUAAAGCGGUGGAAGAGCUAGGCGGCUUAGAGACCGAGGAAGACUAUCCAUACAAGGCUGAUACAAAGACAUGUAGUUUUGACCGAUCAAAGACGCGAUUCUACGUCAGGGGUAUCGUUCACCUACCCUCCUUCUUGUGUCCGUCCUUCAUGAUUGAUCACGGCGUGUUGUUGGUUGGUUAUGGAGUCGGACCCACCAUUAUUCAUUCUCACGUGCCCUACUGGAUCGUAAAAAACAGUUGGGGCAAGUCCUGGGGCGAGGCGGUAAGUUGCCCUUUUUACUGUCUUCUAUCCACUCAACCAACCAGUUUUGUAAAACUAACGUUUAGUGCCCACGCAUUUCAGAUGCACGAAAAUGCAAGAAAAGUCCCGCAGGCAUACGAGUACUAA